UCAGCAUAUCUUCGCCAGAGGAGAGGGAAACCUCAAAUUUUACGGCUGAGGAAAGCGCCAAGAGGACGAGCGCCACCGUGAUCAUGACUAUUACCGGCAGCGGCGACGUGGAUACUCCGCACCGUCCGCAACAGCAUCCGUGACUUCCUGCAUCACUUUACCAAGAAAGCUACAGAGAGAAAGAAGAAGAAGAAGAAAUCGAGCAUGAGGGCGACAAAGUCUCCGAUCCACGCCGUGUGGACAUGGGUGAAGAGACAGCCUCCAAAGGUGAAAGCCUUCCUUGCAGUUGCGUCUGGCAUAACGGCUCUUGUCCUGCUGAGGUUCAUCGUUCACGAUCACGACAAUCUAUUCGUCGCAGCCGAAUCUGUUCAUUCCAUUGGAAUCUCUCUUCUUAUUUAUAAACUCACCAAGGAAAAGACCUGUGCUGGAUUGUCAUUGAAAUCACAGGAGCUUACAGCUAUAUUUCUGGCUGUGAGGCUUUACUGCAGCUUGGUUAUGGAAUACGACAUACAUACCAUUCUUGACUUGGCUACUUUGGCUGCAACACUCUGGGUUAUUUUUAUGAUCCGUUUUAAGUUAAAGUCUAGUUACAUGGAGGACAAAGACACCCUUCCUCUCUAUUAUGUCCUUGUGCCCUGUGCUGUGUUAGCUGUUUUGAUCCAUCCAUCAACUUCACAUAAUAUAUUGAAUAGAAUAUCCUGGGCAUUCUGUGUCUACCUGGAAGCUGUCUCAGUACUGCCACAGCUGAGAGUGAUGCAGAACACCAAGAUAGUGGAACCUUUCACAGCUCAUUAUGUUUUUGCACUUGGAGUAGCGAGAUUCUUUAGCUGUGCGCACUGGGUUUUACAGUUAGUGGAUACCCGGGGACACCUGCUAGUAGCUCUAGGAUACGGACUAUGGCCAUCGAUGUUCUUAAUCUCAGAAGUCGUGCAAACAUUCAUCUUGGCAGACUUCUGUUACUACUAUGUUAAAAGUGUUUUCGGAGGCCAGCUUGUUCUCCGGCUCCCGUCUGGAAUUGUGUAAAAUGAAAAAAUAAUAAGAUACCUUUGAUGACACGUUUUGUUACUCCAGAAAGCGCUGGAUCUCUCAGCUGAGCAGGCUAAGUUUGCUUCAUGAGAAAAUUUGGGGUUCACCAUCAUCAUGGACAAGUCCCUCUUGAUAUUAUUGACAUGAUUUUUACACAAGACGUGUGCCUAUUGUUCCACAGACGUUUUAUAUAAUAACUAGAUCUUGAUUUUAUUUUC